CCCUCCUUCGUUUUUCACCAUUUGAGAUCAGAUACCGAUUUCUUCGACCCGCGGCCUUUUCCGGCGAUUUGACCACCGAAUGAAUUUGAGCUAGCGCCCAACCCAACCCAACCCAGCCCAACCGUCGAGCUUCCAAUUCCGUCGCCGUCGGGAGCCUGAGGUGAUGCCCGACGCUUCUUGGCGGAUAAUCUCGCUCGUUUGCAUCUGCUGCUAAGGGGACUUUAUCUAGGCAAGUUGGAAUUUUGCCCAUGGACAAUCCCAAUCUUUUUGUGAAUGACGGUUCGUUCCUGCUGAGGUUCAAGCAGCUUCAACAAGAGAAAGAGAACGAAGGGAAGAAGGAAGCGGGUGCUUCGCUGGAAAGCUCUAAACCAGCUAAAGUUGUAUCAGCAGCUAAGGUCCCCAGCACUGCUGGUGGUAAAACUCACGUCUACAAUAAAACUAAUGAUACAAGCAAGCCACUUCAGGCUGCUUCAGGUGGAAAACUUGCAUUCAGUUUGAAACAGAAGUCGAAGCUGGUGGCACGUCCAGCUAAGUUAGGCGGAGAUGAGGAGGAAGAAGAAACUGAUUAUAGGAUCGAUAUGGGUAGUUCGCCAAUGAAACGUCAGAGAUUAGGUCAAUCAGAUAUCUCCAAGCAUUCAUCAAGACAACAUGAUAUUGCACCCCCUUCUCCAAGUGAUCCUACAGUAAAGAAUGUCGCUGAUAGACUAGCAAAUUUUGUGGCCAAACAUGGAAGGCAACUUGAACAUGUUACUCGUCAAAAGAACCCUGGAGAUACGCCUUUCAAGUUUUUAUUUGAUGAGGCCUGUGCAGACUACCGGUAUUAUGAAUACAGGCUUUCUGAGGAGGAGAAAGCCCUUAAACAGUCUGGGGACUCCCAAAAAUCUCAAAGUGGUAGUUCUAGCAUUCCAGCAUCUAGGUCUGCUCCUGCUCCUGAAAGGUCACUUAAGCAUGCCUCGAAUUAUCACAUUCCGACCUCUGCUUUGUAUGAAGAUGUGGAUAGCCCAGGAGCAUUUGUUGAUUCAACAUCAGCUGGGAAAAGUGAUGCAGAUCCUGUAGCAAUGAUGGAAUUUUACAUGAAAAAGGCUGCUCAAGAGGAAAGGAGGAAGAAACCUAAACAGUCGAAAGAUGAGAUGCCUCCACCUGCUUCGCUCCAAGGUCCUGCAAAAAGGGGUCAUCACAUGGGUGAUUACAUUCCUCUAGAAGAGCUUGAAAAGUUCUUAUCAAACUGUAAUGAUGUAGCUGCACAGAAAGCAACUAGAGAGGCUGCUGAGAAGGCUAAAAUUCAGGCUGACAAUGUUGGCCACAAACUUCUGUCUAAGAUGGGAUGGAAAGAAGGGGAGGGUCUGGGGAGCUCCAGAAGUGGGAUUUCCAACCCAAUCAUGGCAGGUGAUGUGAAGACGAACAACUUGGGGGUUGGUGCACAUCAACCGGGAGAGGUGACGCCAGAUGAUGAUAUAUAUGAGCAGUACAAGAAGCGGAUGAUGCUUGGAUAUCGAUACAGGCCAAACCCUUUGAACAAUCCUCGAAAAGCAUACUAUUGAAGAACUUUGGGAUGAAGGUGUCCCUCUGCUGCAGAAAAGGGAUGGAAAAGUAAUUUUGUCGUAGUUGUACGAAGAUGGCGAAUUUGUUACUGUGUUUGUGAUGUGGCUGGACAAAUUGUUUUGAUGUUGAAGAACCUCCUCUAUGUUAUAUAUAGGGAAUGCAAUCGUUUCUCUCGUCAGAAAGGCCAAUAGUUCUGAUAUUUUUGAAAGAUUGAGCGACGUUACUGCCGUUCCAUUUUGUUGAAACAUGUCAGAUCGACAUUCUCGUUUUCUGACAGACUAAUGACACAUGGUUAAAUGUGGUUUAUAACUGGGAAA